AUGGAGGCUGUUUUUAUAGUUGUAGGAGGAGGAAUAGCAGGUGUUACAUGUGCAGAAACUUUAGCAUUUUUUGAACCAGAAAAAACAAUUAUAUUGCUUAGCGAAUCAUCCCUUAUAAAAACUGUAACCAAUCUCCUUGCAAUUACAAGAACCUUAACAAAAUUUGAUAUUAAAGAAGUACAAUCUUCUGAGUUCUCACUAAAACACCCAAAUGUUAAAUUGAUUCAUGAUACUUUAGCUGAAGUAAAUGAUAAAGAAAAGUACAUUAUAACUAAAACCAACAAAAUUAUAAAAUACGAAUAUUUAUGUUUAUGCACAGGAGCUGAGCCCAAACUAAUACCUCAAUCACAAGAUUUUGAAGAAAUAUUAGGUAUUAGAGAUACAGAUUCCAUUGAUACCUUUAUAAAGAAAAUAAACAAUGCUAAGAAAAUUGUUAUUGUUGGUAAUGGAGGUAUUGCCUCUGAAUUAGCAUAUAAAAUUAAAAAUACUGAAAUUCAUUGGGUUAUUAAAGAUCGACAUAUUUCAGCUACAUUUGUUGACCCAGGGGCAGCUGAAUUCUUCUUACCAUCUUUAAAUAAAGAUGAAAUACAGAAAGAACCUGUUAGUAAAAGAAUGAGAUACCAAGAGGAAGAUUUCAAGAAAUCUGGUGCUGCAUUGGGUCCUGAUUGGUACACUAAUCUCAUUAUUAGAGGUGCUGGUGAUAUUAAUAUUCCUUCAACUGUUAAAAUUCAUUAUGAAACUGAAAUAUCUGAUGUAUCAAGAGACAAAAAAUCAGAGCAUCCUAUGGAAAUCACUCUCUCUACUGGCGAAAAAAUUAAGUGUGAUAUUAUAAUUUCUGCAACUGGAGUAAUGGCUAAAAAAUUAUUCAAAACAAAGUCAGAUUUAGAAUUAACCAAUUUAGGGGAAAUACAAGUUAAUGAGCAUAUGGAAACUAAUAUUCCAUACAUCUAUGCAGCAGGUGAUGUCUGCAGUGCUAAUUGGUCAAUUGCAAAACAUUGGUUUCAAAUGAAAUUAUGGACUCAAGCUAGGCAGAUGGGAUCUUAUGCAGCAAAGUGCAUGGCUGGUCACUUGAAUAAAGAAGAAGUCUUGCAAGAUUUUUGUUUCGAAAUGUUUGCUCAUUCCACCAAACUUUUUGGACAUAAAGUUAUUUUACUGGGGCUGUUCAAUGGACAAAAGUUGGGAACAAAUUAUGAAAUUCUGAUUAGAAUGACAAAAGGACAUGAAUACAUAAAGUUCGUUUUGGAAAACAACAAACUACAGGGUGCUGUUUUAAUUGGAGAUACAGAUUUAGAGGAAAUGGCUGAAAAUUUGAUUCUAAAUCAAAUUGAUUUGUCACCUUAUGGUGAUGAUAUUUUGAAUCCUGAUAUUGACAUUGAGGACUAUUUUGAUUAA